AUUAUAUAGUAUCGCUCGCCAUGUACGACGUCGCUCUAGUCGUCGGCGCCGCCAGUAACCUCGGCUACCAAGUACUCAAGAAACUAACAGAAAACUACCAUGGAAAAAUCUACUUCACCGCAGAAGACGAGACCACGGGAUUCAACAUACUCAAAAACCUGGAAAGAGAAAACUUAGAUCUGAACUUCUUACAAAUGGACGUCACUUACACCAAGAGUAUUAUCAAGGUCAGACAUUACAUCCAAGAUUUAGACGAGAGAAUAGACUUGAUCAUAAACGUGACCGACUACGUGCCAGAGAAGAAAAUAUCUCACGCUGAAAUUGUUAGAAGAACGCUCAGUGUCAAUUUCUAUGGAUAUAUCAAUUUUGGGAAGUUAGUGUACCCGAUACUUAAUGAGAACGCCAGAGUUGUGAACGUUUCUGGCCCUGCUGGAUUGCUAGCUACUAUAGAGAACGAUGAAAUUAGACAGAGAAUAAGUGAUCCGAAACUAACUGAAGAUGAGCUGGUUGCUAUUUUGCAAGAUUACGAACAGGCAGCUAGAAGAGGGACCGAGAAGACUGAGGGGUGGGGCAUGAGUGUGCAUUCUGUGAGCAAAGUCGCUUUAAAUGCCGUCACAUUCUUACAACACAGAGAAUGGGCAGACAGAGGAAUAGUGAUCAACUGCGUUAACCCUGGGAAUUUGAACAGCAGAGAAGGAAGAAAAACGGCGAAGAUGUAUGAGGAAGGAGCUAAAGCGAUCCUGUACUUGGCCUUUGAAGCACCUCUGUCACUGAAGGGUAAUUUCGUGUGGAGCAACUAUUCUGUGAUUGAAUGGAACUCUGACCCCUAUGUAGAAGUGACGACCGUGUGAUUAAUUAGUGCUCUUUAAUAACUGUACUAGUGAUAUGGUGAAACAGCAGUGAUGAAGUUUGUUUGUUCAUCAUUUUGUUUAUACAAUUGAAUAGUAUUUUUAAUGGAGCUAUUGGUGAUUUGUUAAUAAUAGUGAAGUUCAGUAUCAAAUAGUAUUUAAUUAAUUUAUUAUUACUCUAGGUUUAGGCGUAGUCACGUGCGUUUAAGUCAUCUUAUUACUGCUUUAUGAUUGCGAAUAGAAAAGGUAUUGAGUAUGAAUUAAAGUUUUUUUUUUUUAAUUAUAAAAAGAGUCUGUUGUUCUUUAGAACUUUCCUGAAAACAUGUAAAAUAAUUAUGGUAAAUGUUAACAGAAGAUAUUUAAAGAUGUAUGUUUGAAGAUACAUGUAAGAAUAUAUAUUUUUGGAAAUGGACCGUCUUAAUGAAUGCUACAACCGAGAUAAUUGUGAAAACAGUAUGAACGUAACUGAAUAUCAAAUACAUUGAGUGAACAUCUUCCAAAAAAGUCUUUUAUUUUCACAUUAAAAAGAAAUGCUUCUACUUACGAUUCAUGAUUUCAUAUGGACUCACUCUUUUAAUACAAUUAUUUGGAGUAAAGAUAUACAAAACACUGGUCUUAUCGUGUUGUUCAAACAACUGAUAGUAAAUUAUAAUUAUUUAAGUCAUUAAUGAUAAUGUUUAUAAAUAAAUUGUAACUGAACUGGAUAGCACAGAACACAGCUCUUGUUAGGUAACUAACAAGCUAACAUAAAGUAUGUAGAAACGAUAAUGUGGUUUAACCUAAAACACUUCAUUCAAUAACAAGAUUCAUGUUAUGUUUAAUGAAUAAGUAUGAAUGUUCCUAUUAGGAUUGCAGUUUGUUUGAACGCGCUAACCCCAGGAACAACUGGUCUAAUUUGAAAAAUACUUUCAGUUUUAGAUAGCCCAUGUAUGAAAGAUUAGCUAUUCACAUUAGUUCAGGUGCUAAAAAUAGUUAUCAUGGUGGAGGUUAGUUAUAAUAUUAAUACGUAUAACUUAGUUACAUUCUGAUUCGUUAUUAUAUUAUUAUUUUACAAAGAACCCAUACGAAACCAGGAUAAGUGUUUUUCAAAGUAAGGAUUUAGAUUUUUAUUUUUUAUUUAGAUUUUGGAAAGAAUUCCAGUUACAAUUAAAAUAUUUUAACUGUA